AUGGCCAGGAGGACUCUACUAUCCUUGGCUUUAUUAGCCAUUAUUCUACAUGUAAGUUUGGAGCUAUCUGUAGUGAUAAACCAGUCUUUGCAUUCACAGGCAUCAGGUCCACUAACAGUUGCUGCCUUUAUGCAAGAAGUCUUAACAAAUCCACUGUCAGUAAGUUAAAGUGCACAACCUGUUUUUUGUGUAUGUCAUGCUUGCACCCGUCUAGAUGAUCAUUGCAAUAAACUUAUUUUGAUUCCAUUAUCUUUGCGCCUUUACUGAUGUGGUUAUAAAAAUUUAUUCCUAGAUACUAAUAAUAAGAUACAAUCAAGCCUCCAUGUGCAAUCACUUCUUGUAAGCGACCACCUCCCAGAAAUGACCUCUUAUCCAAAACUCCAAAUUUUUCCCACUUUAAGUCCUAUAAUUAAAACUUUUCAUAAUGACCACCUUCCAUUAAGUGAUUGCAAUCACUAUUUGGGCUGACAGUUUUUGAUUUUCCAUUGACCUCUUUGUGACCGCUUUUUUGUCAUAUUUUCAUGCCAGGGGUACUACAUGAACAGUGAUGUAUUUGGUCAGGCUGGUGAUUUUAUUACAUCCCCUGAAAUUAGCCAGGUUUUUGGAGAGGUACAGUAUCAGUUAGUAUUAUUGACUAAACGUAGAUAAAACUCCAUAAACGUUGGAAGAUAAAACUCCAUCCAUCUAUUUGUUGAAUAAAGUUUGGAAUCAAUAAAUUACCAUGUGAAAACAGGGUUAUAAGCCACCAGUUUAAAAGUCACACAGACUUGGGAUUUAGUAAGAUUCUGUUUAUUUUUGGAUUAAUAUUAUAAGCCACCAUAUGAAAAGGUCACACCAAAGGAUUUUGUUUUAUAUAUAUUGUGUUUUUAAAGCUUAUAGGUGUAUGGUUUGUAAACCAGUGGAUACUGUCAGGAAAGAAGAAAGUCCAGCUAAUUGAGCUUGGACCUGGUAGAGGAACCCUGGCUUCAGAUAUGUUAAGGGUUAGUAAUUAAUACUUUAAUAAUGCAAUGGUUGACCAAACUUUGAUUGGGUUAAUCACCCUUCAUAUGCUAAUUAAAGCACUUAUUCUUCUCAGAGCAUACUGUGAAAUUCUGAAAAUACACCCCUUUCCAUUUUUAUAAACCCCAAAGACAAUAAAAUGGCUUCUGCAAAUUAAAAAGCACCAGGGAUCUUUCUAAUAUUAAAUGGGAAUUGUCUUUGAGAAACCAUACAUCAGGCCCUGGUUGUUCAAAAGCUGGAUAGGGCUAUCCGUUGGAUAAAUCACUAUCCAGCUGAUAAGUAUUUGGGAAACCAAUUACACUAUCCACUGAAUAGAGAUUUAUCCAUCGAAUAGCGUUAUCCACCUUUUGAACAACUGGGGCCGGAAUGAUACCAGAUAAGGGUGUCAUGUCAUGUGAAUAUUGCUGUUUUAGGUCAAUUCUGUGCUGAAGUCAUCACUUAAUAAUUGCUUAACCCAUACUCAAAACGCUACCUGUAGAGUUAUCAAGAAGUCACCACAAAGAUGUUAUCAGGAAGAACUUGGCGUGAUAAUGUUUUAGUAAGGCUUCAGUUAUUUUUGCAGGCAUUGCAUCAAAACUUAAAAAAAGUUGGAGCAACCUUUUCACAGUCAAAAAAGUCCCAAUCAAUAUUUAAGUGACUGAUCAUGAGACAAAUAAUAAACAAACCCUUUAUACAAUGCAGUCCAUUCAAUUUUACGAAGUUGAACUAUUGUUUUGAUGUUAGGUAUUCCAAAAAUUUCCUGAGCUGCAUGGUAAAAUUUCUUUACACCUUGUUGAAGUAAGUCCAGCUUUGAGUAAAAUCCAAGAACAGACACUGACUGGCAAAUUAUUAUCCAUUCAAGAGGGCAAGAAAGAAGGACAAACUGAUGCAAAAGAUGACAGACUACAGGCAAACGAGGUACAGCACAAGAUCUUAAUCUUAAAAGUAUCUCAUUCUGCAACAACUUACUCAAGAAAGAAAGUAAUAAUAAAUUAUUAAAACCUCUUACAUAAUAAAAAAUUGCAAGUUAUUCAUUUUGUUUUAGCACUUGCAUCAAAAUAUAGUUUUAAAGUAGUUGACAAUGACGAUGACCAGAAAUUAAAAUUAACUAGCAAAUAAUUGCCCUGUCUUCACUCUUCACUAUCCUCUAUUAAGUAUGUCAAAAAAUUAUUUAUGUAAAAAUUACUGCAGACUGAUAUGACCUUGAUUUGUUAUUUUCAGCAUAAUAAAUAGGAUAUGCAUCAGAUCACAGGAAAAAAUAAAGGAUUUCCAUUUUUGGAUAUUUUAGGAUAUUUAAAGAAUACCCACAAAAAUCCCAAAUUUGGAAGAGUGAGACAAGUCCCAAUCAGGGAACUUGGUUGGGAAUUCCCUGGUUGGGACUUGUCUCGCUUUCCCAAAUUUGGGGUUUUUGUGGGUAUUCUUUAAAUAUCCUAAAAUAUCCAAAAAUGGGAAUCCGUUAUUUUUUCCUGUGGAUGCAUGGUGAUGAAGUAAACACUAAUAGUUCUUUUUACUAAUCUGCCCCUUAGGGUGCGCCAAAACCUAUGUUCAAUUGUCCGGGAUAGAUAGAAAUUUAGUUCAGGCAUGUAUUCUAAACCUUUGACAAGAUUUGUUCUUGGGAAAAGCACAUUUUUAAUAGAAAAAGUGUACAGAAACAGUUGAAAAUUGACUUCAAAUUACAGUAGAAUUUAUCUUAUAGUCAUAAAAGCAAACCUCAUACUUGACAAAAUAAGGUGAAAUAUUCUUUUUGACUUUGCCAUUCCGCAACCAUUUCAUUUGAUUUAAUGAGCUCCAUUUGACUUACGAACCUGGCAAAACUUUUGGACAAGAACUCUUGGGUUUGGGACAACCAAAUUUAAUAUAGUGCUUGUCCAAGGGCCAAGGCUGGCAGGUUAAUCUUUUAUUUAAGCAAUAUCUUUCUUUUUUCAUGUUGCUAAAUGUAAAGGAAAAAAAUUUGUGAUUUCAAUUUUAGGAUAUGUCAGCACUGUGUUAUAGAAGGUGCAUAACACAGGAUGGUAUUCCCGUGGCAUGGUACAGAGCAGUUGAGGAUGUCCCCGUUGAAGGAAACUGUUUUUUCUUGGCUCAUGAGUUCUUUGAUGCUCUUCCAGUUCACCAAUUUCAGGUUUGUUUGUAUGUUUCACUGUUGUAAGUAGUUCGAACCCAGAAGUCAUAUGAUUGUCUGGAGGAGUGUUCCAGAGUUUACCAUGAAUAGGACUCUUCGUGACACAGGGAGCCUGGGCUGUGUGAACGGUUGAAGGGGGUGUGUUGUACUCGAUGUUUACCAUAAUUGUACCCUUCAAAUGACUAAAUUCACUGUUAUCAGCUACACAACAUUUCUGGCAGUACAUAAGUUUAUUAUAAAUUCAAUCAUGAACAGUCACACAGUUUUUCUGGGAUCUGUUGUGAACGAUCUAGUCGGCAAAUAAUGGAAGAUUACAACGGAUUCAACCUUGGACGAUGGCUUUAUUUCGCCUACACGACUCGUCGUUCCUAAUCCUAUAGUCAGGCGUUCCAAUGCCCUACUCAGGGGGAGUCUGGGUCCUAAUACACAACAGGAUCCUUUGUUGGUGAUGGUCACUGACUCUUCAAUAGCCUGUGUGGAAGUCAUGUAACCUACUCACGGCCUGUUUUCUCACUCUUGAGUGCGCGUGUAAGGAAAUAUAUAACUAUGAACCGCGGAGAUUUAUUUACAGCAAAACAAAGAAGAUUUAAAAAAGGAUUCCUGAUUGCUAGCGCAAUAGAAGUCACCAUGAGGGUCCAAGUGAAUUGUGAAUUGUCAAAAUGAUCCACAACUCACUUUUACUCUAACAACAACUUCUGCACAGGUUGUUGCGAAAACGUUUUUUCAAGUUUAAUUGCUGUGUCUGCAAAAAUCACCAACAAAAUAUUUUGGUUAGGGCUCCGUGAUUAGGCUGUGUCGCAGACGCUCUAAACCUUCUAUAUAGAGCGGACUAUACAAAUGGUUUUGACUAGUGCGUGGGCCGGCUGCAACGCAGGCUAUCCAUGAUGAAAUUCAUUUAACAUGUUCUUUAUAACUCUACAGGACCAUUUUUUUUGUAUGGGUAAAGACACUUAGUAAUGACCCUUGGCACAGAAUUGAUCUAUAACAGCAAUAUCCCGGUUACAUAGUCAAUUUAAGGGGAUACAAGGAUGGCUGCUGGGACCCCAGUAUCGGAGGCGUGUGUUCUGCGAUCAAUGUCCUGCAAACAGCUAGGAUCAACAUUGUCAAAUUCUCCGCAUCAUGUGUAGCAUAUAAUUUGACGAAUUAUAUUUAUUGUUUGUUAUCUUUCAGAAAACAGAUCAAGGUUGGAGAGAAGUUCUUGUAGAUGUCGAACCAGGCAGUGGGUUUGUAAACUGUUAGUUUAUUGUUUGCAGGACUUAUAUUUACUAUUAUUUUUAAAGUUUAUGAAUUUCAUGAUUGUAUUGAACUUGCUAUUGGUUUGUCGGCGUAAUAAGCCACACAAGAUAUUCGCUAGAAGAAAGAAGAGAUGGGAUUAAACAAAUUUAAACUUUUUCUCAGCGUUCUCAAAAAUUUUGAAGCGUUCGUUAAACGUCGUUAACUUUGUUGCAUCUGUAUAACUCGUCUACAUCUCGCUGAUUGAGCUCAAAUUUGUUGAGGAAAAAGGCUGCCUGUGACCAUUUGACUAACGUGAGAUCAGGCCCAAUUUUAGCGGUUCUCAUACUUUCUCUGUAAUUGUAACUACAGAAUACCCUUUGAAAUCAAUUCCUCUUUGCGUACUUCGAUACUCAGCUUGCAGUGGCUAAUUAAUUGAUGUUUGAAGAACAUAAAAUGUAAUAAUCAGUUGACGUAGGUUCAGACAAAAAAAUGUGUUGAUGAGCCGGUCAAUAGGUUCGGCGAAUUCAUAAAAGAACAGGCGAAUCGCUUUUAAGCAAAUUGCCCUUGGACGAAAUGGUUGCAAACUUCUAAACAAGUCUCUCUUUAAUCUUCAAUUUUCGCUCGGGAAAUAGCAACUGUUUUUCUAGACUAAUAUACAAUAAAAACCGGCAAAUAAGAACCCGCAUUUUCCUAUAUAACCUUAACAGUUACUUACAUAAAUGGUAAUUUGCACACAAAUUUAGUCUAUUUAGGUCCUUAAAGAAGUCUUUAUUUUCAGAAGAAAACAAUACAUUGUAGCUGAGAGUAUUUGGUGGUAUUCAGCUCGAUUUUCAGCUCUGGAAUUUACAUUGCAGUUGGAGUGAUAAGGCACCUAUGUAAAUAUGGCUCUAAAGAGGAUCCUAAAUGUUGACUUAUGUUAUUUGCCCAAGUGUGCAGAAUUUUUUUCGCAGUUUUUAAAAAAAUAAGAACCUGUUUCAAAUUUUAGGCUAAACAGACUCUUGUAUAGAGAGGGCCUAACUGGCAAAUUUUCGCCUAACAGGUUCUUAAAAACCAGGUUCUUCCUCGAGGGUUUUUUACUGUUUUCAGUUAUUAUGUAUUUUCAGGCAUUUAAAAAACAUAAAUUACACGAAGUUCUGCACGAUCCUGGCAGUGCUGAUGUGACAGCCAAUGUUGAUUUUGCCUACCUGAGAAGCGUUACGCGUGGAAAAGGUUGGCAUUAAUUUUUCUCUCUCUCUUUUAUUUUUUCGAUUCGGUGGAUUUUCCAAAUAUAUACUUCCCUAAUAACAAAUACUGUGAAAAAUGAAACCGAUUCGUUUUAACGAAAAUUGUUAAGUUUCUGGCUUGAAAGAAGUUGCUAAUAACCGUGAUCUGGAAUUAGCGGCCGGAAGGGUUAUUUCAUCUUUGGAGUCGAGAGGAAGACACUAACUCGAAGGGAAGGGGGGAGGGGGUGGGGGUGCUUAUCUCUCUUUUCUCAACAUGGUAUUUGUCUUUGUUUUGAAUAAGACAAACUAAAACAAGGGGUACAUGUACACCAACCCACGGCCUGGCCAGUACCUCACGCAUGCGUACAGCCAUAUCACCCGGGCAGUGGCAGCAAUGGACAGCUGUUUCGCCCUCGCUAGGGCUCAUCAGCAUGGCAUAGCCGUCGGGUCAUUGAACGGGCGAACCCGUGUCUCAAAGACGGCUGUGCGCAUGCGUGAGGUACUGGUCAGGCCGUGGGUUGGUGUAUGAGUAAAUGAACGAAAACAAACAGGAAAACUAGAACCUUCUUUCAGUUUUUCAGUAUGUACCCAGAAGUGUGUGUGUGGUGGGUAUUCUUGGCUUUGAAAGUUCUGUUGUAAGUAAGUUCUUUCGGUACGGCCCCAAUUUGCUCGCCAAUCGAAAUGGAGAGCUUGAUCGCAAGCUAACGACGCGACGGCAGUAAAGACGGCGCGCGCAGAUGCGCUUAUUUGAUACUAGUGUACUAACGCAAUAGUACAGAAAGAAGACGGCAAACCGUGCGUGACAAGCGUGACCGAUAAUUUGUUUGAAAAAGUUUUCCGCCAAACCUCAUUUUCUAUCAAACAAAUCUUUUUGUAAAAGACCAGAACACAUUAGUAAUAUGUGAAGUUCACGACAAAACACUCAAGUAAUAGCCCUGUCACGUUUGUCACACACAACGUUUUGCCGUCUCCUCUGAUAAACUCACAAUGUUUACCCUUAAGAGGGUCGCUAGUAUGAAGUGGGCGCUUAUUUAAAGAAAAGGGCUAAUUCGAGCAGUUAUGUUAAAAACUGUAGGUAAGUUUUAAUCCCAAUCUUUGAUUUAAAACUUCACAGUUCAGACGUUCGGACCAGUGACACAAAAGUCAUUUCUUCAGCAAAUGGGUAUCGAUAUGAGAAUGAAAGUAAGUGAUUUAGUGAUAGCAGGGGUGUAUGCAUUCUGUCCUGGCACUGGACACAGUCUUAUAAGAGGUUGAAAAACCAAUGAAGAGCUUGGUUUAAUUUCUGACUUUUUUAUCUUGAUCCUUUCUAAGGUUCUUCUUCAAAACGCGAAUCCCACUCAAGCAGAGGAGCUUCAAAGCGGCUACAGAAUGCUGACAAGUAAAUCAGAGAUGGGAGAGAAAUUUAAAAUGUUUAGUCUAGUUCAACACGGUCUUCCGCCACCAGCUGCUUUCGCUUUUUAAAACAGCACAGAGGUUAGGCAUCGCGGGUACUGCCAACUAUAGAAAUCUCCUUCCAAGCGAGUGGUUAUAUAUUCGACGAUGGUAAAAAAGAAAGAUACGUAUUUAUUGAUUGAAAAAAGAUAUUCUCUUUUUAAAAGUUAAAAACGGCAAAAGUUGUAAAUGACUGGAAAAACAGUCACGUUGCCAUUUAGUCUACCGCUGGCGUUUUGAACAUCGUGGGUUGUCUCUCUAAUAACCAGGAGAAAAGUAGAGAUGUUUAAUUUGUGCGUGACAAAAAUGGCCAAAAAGGUACAAUGUGCGACGCUAGCGGAGACUUGCCGGGAGGAGCUGCAGUUCUACAGCGUAGCUGCUUCGCGCAGGAAUUUUCGUGAGUGGCGAAUCAAUUUUCCCUUUUCUAUAGGAGAGAUACUAUUUCAAGACACUUUGAACUACGUUAUUGAAUGUGUUUCUACUGAAAACCAGGAAAUCAGCAACCCAGUAUCGAAUCCAGGCCUGUCAUGUGCUUACCUGUCUUCCUUACCACAACACUACCAAACCCUCGGCGGCGAAGUCCUCAGUAUUUUGACUAGUUCACCUUUUAUCUCCAAGUGCAAAACCCCACCAGCUACGCAGGCUAGACACACUAUAGCUAGCAUUUUCUAUGUAAAGUUAGCACGGUUUUUCUUCACCACAAUCUCAACAGUACAUCACGAUCACCGCACAAUCCCUUUAUUUAAUCAUCGUUGGGAGCAUUCGAGAACAGCUAAUAAAGCCGUGAGUGAAAAUUCGUAAGGAGACUAAAUGUAAAUACAUUGGCAAUAGCAUUAAAAUAUUCUUGAGCACUAAAUAUAAUUCUAAGGAGGGAAAAAAGGACAUAACCACUUGAAUUGGAGCUGAUUAGUAAUGGCCGUUGAGAAGCUGCCCGCGGACUGGGUUGGUGUUGUGCCGAAUUACACUAUGGGACUGUGGAGGAGCCGACAGUGCUUCUUUUUUAUAAAAAGAGAAGUGUUGAGAUUAUGGGUUUGGUUGGCAUCUCCAGAAAGAAGACAUUGAAAUCUGCAAAGCUGAUCGUACUACACGACACCUAAAGAACCCAAAACAGAGUUGUUUUCGUCAUAUAUGUUUUUUGGUAAUUCAUUUCUAUAUAUUUGUUCUCUAUGUUCAAGUGUUCGGAAACGUUUCGUAGUCGUAUUUGUAUGCUUGCCAGUAAUAUUGAACUUCUUGCAAGAAAGUGAAGCAACAACAAAAACAAGUUUUGCGGUGGUGAGAUCUUGGCUAAAAAGCAAAAACAACAACAAGCAUUUUCCCCCACGGUGGAAAAUACACUCGAGCAGCUUAACACAGGCUUUAUUCAAAACGCGGCAUUCUUGCCUGGUUGAAAGAUUUAUGAACCAGCGGAAAGACGAUUGUACACCUGUACACGGACGUUGCUUUAUUUUUCUUUUUGAUAAGCGACGUGCGCGCGCGGACGCGGGCUCGGCGGACUUUUUAAGAGAAAAUAGAGGGUCUGUGAAUAGGAUAAGAUUGCGGAUGAGAUUUUUGGUCGAGAUUAACUCCCUACGACCACAAUGCAGGUAGAGAUUACAACUCUAAAUAAGGCUUUAAGAGGCUGUCCGCGUAAGAACCGAUAAGGCAAAUUUCGGUCUAUCACGGAUUGCCCUGAUUUUUCCAGUGGAAGAUAACUAUCCUAUCCCAUGAAGAAAUAUCACAUUUAUUUGGACCAACUCAUUUUUUUCUCUGUAUUACAAGAAGAUUUUCUCGGUCACCUAAAACUAGCCAGUUUGCCGUCGGAAGUGGUGCGAUUUUAAGGAAACUUUAGGGCUCUUGCAAACCUACCUUACAUAGCCGAAUAAGCUGAUUAUUUUACACACAAAUGUUUUAACUCUGAUUAAUAGUUUCAAGGUUUAAUGGUUACAUUCUGUGGAAAGUUGGCUGAGAUAUGAUUUUUUUAAAAUGACCUUUAAUUUGCUUAUCGGGAAAAGUAAUUUGCAUAACUAGAGCUGAACGGUAAUUUCGCAAAAGUGGCACCUGACCCCGACUCAAGUCUAUGAUAAAACAGAAGUACUAAGACCAGUCUACUUCUUAUUGCAAUAAAAUUUGUGGGCACUCCUCUUUGCGUGCUGUACAAAGUUCCGUUAAUGUUCCAAAAUUCGCCAUUUUGACAGCAAAGCUGGAAUUGUAACGGUCUGCAUCUGGUCGACUAAUUUCCACAACUUUGACAUAUCUAGUUAUCACUAACUGUCAUUAGACAGUUUAAAUGUUGGACUUUCGAAAACAUGUGAAGAAAACUUGGUAAUCGCUUUUUCUUGUUUUUUUUUCUUGUCGACGAUGAACAUGACUUCAUUCUCCGUAUGCAAAUUAGCCUUACUGCGUCGUUUCAACAAAUUGACAGGAAAUAUGAUACUCGUAUUUCGUAUUUUUAAGGGAAAAAUAACUCUUCUUUCUAUGGAAAAACACGAACGAUGUAUGACUUAGAAUCCCCUUGGGUCUGUUUCUUUUACGAGGAAGAAGCAGCAGAAGAAGAAAUGUUUACGCGAAUUUAAAAAAAUAAUUUAAUUACUGUGGCUCGUCACGCAUUCCGCCAGAGUGACCGUGUAUCGAUCAGUUCUUUUAUCUUAUUAUAUCUUUUUUGAGGUGAUAGUUAUUGAUAAUCAUACAAUUUAAUCACUGUUAAUUCCGAUUCUUUACUGGGUGGGAAAUACCGUGCUGUUGUAUUUAUUCAUUCUACGACCGUUUUAACUGAGUCAGGUCAGUCACGGCCCAUGGUGUAAUACACGACAAUUAACCAAAAAGUAGUCACUUGGAAGAAAAGAAAAAGGCAUCGUUUUUUUGUUUACGGUCCGUCUCCUGUUAAAACCCAAAAGUUUUUACCGGCUGUUAAUCACACUAAAUUAAGGAUCCCUAUGUUGUCGAUGUUUACUACUGAGCUGAUGGAGAAAGGCACGUGCACUCAGCGAAUGAAAGACGAAAGUUUGUAAAUUAGGCCUCCUUUUCUUUCCCUGGAUUUGAAUGGUAUUUUACAGUGACACAACUUAUUUUUUUUUAGCAUUACCUAGGGCUGUAGCUAGGUUUUUAGUAACGAGGGGCAUUAUCGCGAGAGCCGAAGGCACGAGCCUUGUAGGGGGGUCUGGGGGUGUCCUCCCCUAGAAAAAAUUUCAAAUUUGGAGGCUCCGAAAUGCUAUUUUCAGCACUUGUCAUGAGAUAUGUCUCCGAAAAAUCAACCUCGAAGAUGAAAAUGGCAAACAAUUGCAAGUCACUAUAAUCCACAUAACUGAGUCUAAAGAAAACAAAUUCAUCCACAGACUUGAUUUGUCUGGCUCAACAGGUCCAGGGGAGGCAGCUGCCCUACGGCUCUGUUACCACGUUGAACUGGCUUGGUUGAUCUUUCGUUGACAUAUACAUAGGUUGAAAGCUUCUGAUUGAGGGUGUUGUGGUCUCAAUUAUUCUUGAGCGAUUUCUGCAACAAGCUUUUGCCUUUCGAACACCUCGUCUUCUUGCUGCAGAUCUCUAUAGUCAAGUUCAAUGUAUAUUCAAGUUCAUUACAUUGGUUAUUUCGUCCAUUGCCUUACUGUAAUUACACUAUGGACUAUGUUUAGGUGUUGACUCAAACUGGCCUAGAGUCCAACAUGGGCUGGCAAUAGGUGAGCACGGAAUUGGAAUGGGGGUGGGGGAAACUCCCUAUGAUGGGCUAUACGGGGAGGCUCCGCCCGAAAGGGGUAUCUUUUUCAGGCUUCAGGUAUAUGAAAGGGUAGGCAUUUCACUAGAUGAAGUAUAUGAAAGGGCAAGUGCGCUUAUUGCAGCCUUAGCAGCACCUUUGGCGGUUCUUAAAGGAAAAAGAACUAAGUUUAAGAAUUUAAGGAAAAAGUAGAAGGACUUAAUUUUUCAGGAAUUAAUAUGCAGAGGAGAAAAUUCACCCUUUAAGUAUAAAUGCUUGUAAAAGUAGAGGUGGAACCGGAGGGAGAGAGGAUGGAUCGUAAAGUAGGUUAAAAAUAUAGAGAUGGGAGGAGCACUUUGAUGGAGCACAUUGUUCAAGAGGGUAUAAAUACAAAAAAAAAAACAGCAAUCUGAAGGUAUUUUUGAAGACUUAAUGGAAACGUUAUCAAAACAAGAAAAACAGAGAAAUCUUGUCCAAUAAACCUCUCCGGCAACGGUGUGGACAUGGUUGCUGACUGCUCAAUCGUACUCUUCUCGACCCUUUGGCGUCAAGUUUUUUCACGUUUCUUGCUACAGGAGGAGCAAAUCGGCUAUAUAAAGUUGAACUGAACAUUCUGGUACUUUUAAGUCUCACUAAUUUUUACAAAACCAGAGACAUGUUUUAAACACUGUUCAAGUUAAAAGAGAUUGUUUUUAUUGCAAGAAUGAAACACACACGUCCCAAGGACAUUCCUCUUAGAAAAUAGCAGGGGCGGGAAAGCCCUGGGGACGAGGUUGAAUCCUGACUCCGUGUAGAAAGUUCUUUCUUUUUUCCCCAUUUACAAUGCUCUUCAAACAAUCAUCAGAAAACUAUCUUCUACAACACACGGAUUAACCUUUAUGUAUAGUAUUUUAUAGGUGAGAAUUGAUUAGAGCAAGAUACACGGCUGUCAAAAAAUAGAAAUAAAUAAACUAUCUUUGCAAGCUCAACUAAACUGGAAACGAAUAUCAGAAAACAUCGCAAGAUAAAAUGUUAAAUGGAGAAAUAAGAAUAUCUCUGUACGUUUAGAAAUAUUUUGCGUGAAGAAGAAAAAAGAAUGAUACUUACAUGAUGAAGCAAAACUUUGACUUAUUUCCUGCCACAGUAGUUAUUUUGCCAGUAUGAUCCAGAGUGUGACCAGGGUAUUGACAAGAUCUUAGGCUCGAUUUCCGCCGUCUCCCAAUCCCUUGGGGGCUCAUUUUCCAGCACAGCCGCUUACAAUCGAGCUUAACAAGAUCUUGGCGUUCGCAAAAACCUGCCAAGUAGGUGUCUGUGCCUUGGGCAGAUUGUCAUGUUAGUGUUAGCCUGUGUACACACCACCCCCGACCCCCUCGGAGAAGGGGCCCCUUCUCCGAUUUUUCCUAAGGGAAGGAGGGAGGGUCUGUACACAGGCUAUUAGUGUUUGUGCCUUGGGCAGAUUGUCAUUUCAGUUCCGAAUACCUACCAAACACUCUCGCUAAAAUGAGUUCAUUUAGUCAUUGACUUUGCUACACUUAGGCAAGUGACAGCUGGCUAAGUGCGACGUAAUAUCAUUCAUGCACUCUGCGACCAACACAUUUCCCUCCACACCCCUACUGGGACCACACUCUGUCUUGACGAUCUCGCGAAAAGAACAGCUCUUUUAACAAUUGAUCUCUUUGGCGAUUGCAUUGAUAUAAUUAUAUUUGAAACUGGCACCUGUUGCAUUAUAAUUCAGUUACAUUGAAACCAAAACAAGAUCAUCUUGGGAAUACGGAUGUUAUACCCUAACAGGAGCCCAUAGGCUCCUGACCCGAAAAAAAACUAAAAACUGAGAUAAUCCCUUUUCUCCUUUCAUUCUGCUACCGAUAAAUGCUUUAAAGAUCUUUGAAUGAAACUGAAAUUUACAGCUAAUUUGCCUUUUGCAAAGCUAUACAUGGAUUUAGAUAGAAAAAGUGUGGGGCAUUUUUGUUAAUCAUAGUGCCGUGUACAAACAUCUGAUAAGCAAAAAAGAGUGCCCACAAAUUUUAUCGUGGUGACAAGAGGACUUACCUUGCAAGUUAACUCUUAUUUUUAAUUAUUAUCAUUAACUACCAUUUAAAAAAGGAUGAUAAUAUAAUAUUAUUGAUCGAUUCAACGCUAUCGUUUUCUAAUCGACCGCCCCUCGUUAGGAAUGCGUGACAGGCCACAGUAAUUGAAUUAUUUUAAGCCACGCAAACGUAUAUCAUGAUAUAUUAUUCAGCUGCUUCUUCCUCGUUAAGCAAAAAAAAAAAACAGACCUUAAGGGGAUUCUAAGUGAUGGUUCGUGUUUUUCUGUGGAAAGGAGAGUUUUUUUCUCCUUAGAAAUAUGAAAUGUAAGGAUUAUAUUUCUUGUCAAGUUGUUGAAACGACGCAUCUAAGGCUAAUUUGCAUACGGAGAGUGAAGUCACGUUCAUCGUCGACAAGAAAAAAACCAAGAAAAAGCGAUUACUAAGUUUUCUCCACAUGUUUUCGAAAGUCCAACAUUUAAAGGGUCUAAUGACAGUUAGUGAUAACUAGAAACGUUAAAGCUGUGGAAAUUAGUCGACCAGAUGCAGACCGUUACAAUUCCAGCUUUGCUGUCAAAAUGGCGAAUUUUGGAACAUUAACGGAACUUUGUACAGCACGCAAAGAGGAGUGCCCACAAAUUUUAUUGCAAUAAGAAGUAGACUGGUCUUAGUACUUCUGUUUUAUCAUAGACUUGAGUCGGGGUCAGGUGCCACUUUUGCGAAAUUACCGUUCAGCUCUAGUUAUGCAAAUUACUUUUCCGAUAGGCAAAUUAAAGGUCAUUUUAAAAAAAUCAUAUCUCAGCCAACUUUCCACAGAAUGUAACCAUUAAACCUUGAAACUAUUAAUCAGAGUUAAAAAAUUUGUGUGUAAAAUAAUCAGCUUAUUCGGCUAUGUAAGGUAGGUUUGCAAGAGCCCUAAAGUUUCCUUAAAAUCGCACCACUUCCGACGGCAAACUGGCUAGUUUUAGGUGACCGAGAAAAUCUUUCUGUAAAAUAGAGAAAAAAUUGAGUUGGUCCAAAUAAAUGUGAUAUUUCUUCAUGGGAUAGGAUAGUUAUCUUCCACUGGAAAAAUCAGGGCAAUCCGUGACAGACCAAAAUUUGCCUUAUCGGUUCUUACGCGGACAGCCUCUUAAUUCUUUGCUUGCGGCCAAAUGGUCUUUCUUUGGUACAAUAAAUUUAACCUCAGUUUAUUAAACAAUUUCCCACCGAAAAAGAGACAAAGGCUUCGCAGAUGAAAAAGGAAGAAGGGUUUACUGCGUCAGAGGAACCAUUAAAACGCAAACAAUGGCUGAAGUGAAUAGGCAACUCAAAAGUACAACCGAUGAAUGCAUUUCACAUGAAUUCCUUGGCGCCGAUGUUGUCUUUUAAAUCAAAAUAAUUUAGCCGCAAAAGGAGGUGCUGGCACAUUGUAUUUGACGAAAGAACGAACAAAGAUCUCUCGCCCACGUUCGCCUGGCUUUUAAACAGGAAUUUUGUGGAUUCCAAAAAUUCCGCUACACUGGUUGUAAACAUCAGAAAGCAUUUUAUACGUGUACUGUUAACUGUUCACCUUCCGAGAGGAAUUUGGUCAAAAUACCACAUUGAGUAGAAAAACUUGACUAAAAAUAUACAACACAUCGU